AUGUCAUUUUUAAGAACAUCUCUUGCCAAUCUUGGCCGUCGUGCCUAUGCCACCGCCCCUCCCCCUUCAAGGAGCAAUCUCCCCGCUGUCCUCCUCACUGCUGGCCUCGCCGCCGGCGCUGCUUAUUGGUACCUUGACAGCUCCCAAACUGCCCCCGUCAAGCCCAAGCAGGAGAAAAGCCCCCUCGACCCUCAGAACUUCCAAGACUUUAAGCUCAAAAAGGUCAUUCCAUACAACCACAACUCGUCAAAAUUCGUGUUCGAGCUCCCCAACGAUGAGGCCUCGCUUAUUCCAGUAGCAUCGUGUCUCGUCGUAAAGGCAUCUGCCCCAGAUGCUCUUAAUGACGCAAAGGGAAAGCCUGUUAUUCGCCCAUACACCCCCGUGUCUGCUCCGGAUGCCCCAGGCGAGCUUACCCUUCUCGUCAAGCGCUACGAAAAUGGAAACAUGUCCAGGCACAUCUUUGACCUCAAGGAAGGAGACACUCUUGCUAUCAAGGGUCCUAUCCUCAAGUUCCCCUACAAGGCAAACGAAUUUGAUCAAGUCGCUCUGAUCGGUGGAGGCAGUGGAAUCACUCCUCUCUACCAACUCGUCACCCAUGCUCUCUCGGACAAGAACAACAAGACAAAGUUCAAGCUCAUCUAUUCCAACCUCACAGAAAAGGACAUUCUCCUUCGCAAAGAAUUUGAUGCCUUGAAGAAGAAAUACCCCGAUACCUUUGACGCCGUAUACCUCGUCGAUACACCAACGGAAGGAUGGAAAGGCCCUGUCGGCUACAUUAACGCUGACGUCAUUAAGCAGCACGUCGGUCCAGCUGACCUCAAGGAUAAAGUCAAGGUUUUCGUCUGUGGACCUCCUGGACAGGUAGCGUCGAUUGCUGGAAAGAAAGCUGGCAUGAAGCAGGGUGAGCUCGGUGGAAUCCUCAAGGAGCUCGGAUACUCGGAAGACCAGAGUGUGUAUCAGCUACUUGCCGAAUGA